GUAAUCUGAAGGAGGAAGAUGAGCUCCAAAAUGAGUGUCUCUGGGGAACAGGACACACAGGAAGCUGAGAGACUGGAUCAGGAUAAGAGAUCAGACUCACCUGAACCCAGCUGUGUCUCCAUGAAGAGUGACCAGUCAAUGGAGAAACCUUUAAAAUUCAGUGAGGAUAACAGAUCUACUGAUCUCAGGCCAGCUUGGGGCCCCAAGCAAUUGCCUGGUUUGCCUGCCCCAUCGCGACGGGCCUGUCUUCAGGAGCUGGAGCAGAAAGUCAUUACUCUGGUAAAGAAUCAGCUGAGGAGGUUUGUGAAGCUUCUAACUCUGGAUUACCCAGCAUGCUCUGAAAGAGAGGUGGAGGAUGAAGAAGAUCAGAGUGAUGUCAGAGAGGGAGCGCUGAAGAUCACACUGCACGUCCUAAAGAAUAUGAACCAGACAGACCUCACUAACAAACUGCAGACCAAAUUGGCUCCGUCCUGCCACCAAAAGCUCAAAUCAACACUGAAGGAAAGAUUUCAGAAAAUUAAUGAAGGAAUCUCAGAUCCUGGAACCUCAACUCUUCUGAAUGAGAUCUACACAGAUCUGUACAUCACAGAGGGAGGGAGUGGAGAGGUCAAUAAUGAACAUGAGGUCAGACAGAUUGAAGCAGCAUCCAGGAGACCAGCAACACAGGAGACACCCAUCAAAUGUAACGACCUCUUUAAAGACCAGUCCAUCAGAACUGUGCUGACUAAAGGAGUUGCUGGAAUUGGAAAAACAGUCUCUGUGCAGAAGUUCAUUCUGGACUGGACUGAAGGAAAAGCCAAUCAGGAUGUUGUCUUCAUAUUUCCACUUCCUUUUAGAGAGCUGAAUCUGAUGAAAACUAAAAACCUCAGUCUGGUGGAUCUUCUUCAUCAGUUUUUUAAGGACACAAAAUACUUAAAACCAAUAGAAUAUCAUCACUACAAAGUCAUGUUCAUCUUUGAUGGUCUGGAUGAAUGUCGACUUCCGCUAGAUUUCCAGAACAAUAAGAGAGUAUCUGAUGUAACACAGUCAGCCUCAGUGGAUGUGCUGCUGACAAACCUCAUCCAGGGGAACCUGCUUCCCUCUGCUCUCCUAUGGAUAACUACUCGACCAGCAGCAGCCAAUCAGAUCCCUCCUGACUGUAUUGAUCAGGUAACAGAGGUACGAGGGUUCAGUGACCCUCAGAAAGAGGAAUACUUCAGGAAAAGGAUCAGAGAUCAGAGCCUUGCUGAAAGAAUCAUUACACACAUGAAGUCCUCCAGAAGCCUCUACAUCAUGUGCCACAUCCCAGUCUUCUGCUGGAUCUCAGCCACUGUUCUAGAGAGGAUGUUGGGUGAAGCAGAGGGAGGAGAGAUCCCCAAGACUCUGACUCAAAUGUUCACACACUUCCUUAUCUUUCAGAUCAAACACCGCAGCCAGAAGUACCAAAGAAAAAGUGAUGUUGAUCUUAAACAGACUAGAGAGAUUAUUCUGGCUCUGGGAAAACUGGCUUUCCGACAGCUGGAGAAAGGAAACCUGAUCUUCUAUGAGGAAGAUCUGAGAGAGUGCAGCAUUGAUGUCAGAGAAGUGUCCGUGUACUCAGGAGUGUGCACCCAGAUCUUCAGACAGGAGUCUGGACUUCACCUGGGGAAGGUUUUCAGCUUUGUGCAUCUGAGUGUUCAGGAGUUUCUGGCUGCUUUUUCUGAGUUUCUGUCCUUCAUCUCCAACAACAGAAAUGUGCUGCAACAGAAACACAGUGGAUUUGUUUUCUCCAAAAAAGGAACAAUGUCUGAUUUCCUGAAGAGAGCCGUGGACAAGGCCUUACAGAGUGAGAACGGACACCUGGACCUUUUCCUCCGAUUCCUUCUGGGUCUCUCACUGGAGUCCAAUCAGACUCUCUUACGAGUUCUUCUGAGACAGACAGAGAACAUCUCUCACAGUAAAGAGGAAGUAGUGGAGUACAUCAAGCAGAAGAUCAGGGAGAAUCCCUCUCCAGAGAAAACUAUCAGUCUGUUCCACUGUCUGAAUGAACUGAAUGAUCAUUCUCUAGUGCAGGAAGUCCAGUAUUACCUGAACAGAGGAGGUUCCAGUGAUCUCAGUUGGGUUAAGCUCUCUCCUGAUCAGUGGUCAGCUGUGGCGUUUGUGAUGCUGAAUUCAGAAGAGGAGCUGGAUGUGUUUGACCUGAGUAAAUUUGAGAGAUCAGAAGAAUGUUUUCUGAGGCUGUUGCCAGUGGUGAAAGCAUCCAGAAAGGUUGACAUCUUCACCUUCGUCAUCUUUGCCACCAUCGCUGCUCUGUCUAUUUUAUUGUGCCAUUGUCAUCACCAUGAUCCGUGGCACCCUCAUCAUCACCAUCGCACAAUCUCUGCCUACAUCACUAUAACCAUUGCCUUCAUCAUCCCUGCCGUCAUCAUCAUGGCCAUCAUCACCAUCUUAGUCAUCGCCACCGUCUCUGCCUGCAUCAUAUUCAUCACCACCUUAGUCGUCAUUUUCGUGGCUGUUUCCAUCGUCAUCACCACCGCCAUCUCCGCCUGCAUCACCUCAUCACCGCCGUAG